AUGUCCAUCCAGUCUGCCAAGUCCCAAAAUGUCAUGCGUGAAUUGCGCAUUGAGAAGCUCGUUCUCAACAUCUGUGUCGGUGAGUCCGGUGACAGAUUGACCAGAGCCUCCAAGGUGUUGGAACAACUGUCUUCCCAGACCCCAGUUCAGUCCAAGGCCAGAUACACUGUCCGUUCGUUCGGUAUCAGAAGAAAUGAGAAGAUCGCUGUCCACGUGACUGUCAGAGGCCCAAAGGCUGACGAGAUCCUCGAGCGUGGUUUGAAGGUCAAGGAGUACCAAUUGUACGCCAAGAACUUCUCUGCCACCGGUAACUUCGGUUUCGGUAUCUCCGAGCACAUCGACUUGGGAAUCAAGUACGACCCAGCUAUCGGAAUUUACGGUAUGGACUUCUACGUCGUCAUGGGCAGACAAGGUUACAGAGUCUCCAGACGUAAGAGAUGUCAAUCUGCCGUUGGUAACAACCACAGAGUCACCAAGGAGGACACUAUCCAAUGGUUCAAGCAGAAGUACGAUGCUGAUGUUUUGGGAAAGAGCUCUUAA